AUGUAUAGACCCAUAACCAGCGUCACCGGAUGUGGAGGGAACCUGACGGCUCCUUCUGGAGGCCCCGUGACGUCACCCAACUAUCCUGGUGACUAUGGCUACAAUGAGAACUGUGAGUGGCUGAUCGCUGUACCAGAAGGAAGCAUCAUUCGCCUCACGUUUGACAGCUUCGACACUGAGGAACGUUGGGACUUUCUCACCAUCUACGAUGGAGCCAGUGAUAAUGCUGCAAAGAUAAAAAGCAGAAUCCGUCUUGUUGAGCAUGCAUAUGGAUAUUACCCUCACGGACCAAACGAAAGACGGGUGGAAGUUCGACCAGUCGACAGUUGGACUUGGGGCGGAGUCUGUGGUGAACACUUCGACCUAAGGGACGCAGACGUUGUUUGCAGGAUGCUGGGAUAUAUCUGGGCAAACCACUUUAUGUCAUCUUCAGAUGGACAUGGGCUGGCCUACAUGGCUGACAUACGAUGUGAUGGGAACGAGAGUAGCCUGUUUAACUGCUCGUACGCAGGAUGGGGGAGUCACCGCUGUGUAUAUGGUUAUGCCGGCGUUGUCUGCGGUACAUUGUACAUUGCAAGUUCCCGCCUCAAUUUCCACCAUGUACAUAUGUGUGUGAUAAUAUAUUUAGAUCCCAGCAGAAUUCGUCUCAUCGGUGGUUCCGGGUCUAACGAAGGACGCGUGGAAGUCCGACCAGAGGACAGUAUGACCUGGGGCACAGUUUGCCACAACCGUUUCAACAUGGACGAUGCAGACGUUGUUUGCAGAAUGUUGGGUUAUCCUAACGCUACCCAGGUUCGAAAUGAUGCAUAUUUUGGCCAAGGAACAGGACCCAUCUACAUGGAUGACGUACGAUGUGAUGGUAACGAGACCAGCCUCUUCAGCUGCUCUUACGCAGGGUGGACGAUUCACGACUGUGAUCAUGGCCAAGACGCAGGCGUGGUCUGUCGUACAGAUUCCAGCAGAAUCCGUCUUGUCGGAGGUUCCGGUCCAAACCAGGGGCGUGUGGAAGUCCGGCCGGCCGACAGUUUUAGAUGGGGCACAGUUUGUGACAACGGUUUCGACUUGGAGGAUGCAGAAGUUGUCUGCAGGAUGCUGGGCUAUCCGAAUGCCUAUCGAGUGCACCCUAAUGCCUUUUUUGGCACAGGAACGGGACCGAUCUACUUAGAAGACCUACAGUGUGAUGGGACAGAGAGUAGCCUGUUUUACUGUUCGCACAAGGGAUGGAGGGUUCAUGACUGCAGCCCGCGGCAUGGUGAUGACGUCGGCGUUGUUUGCGAUACUCUAUGCCUUUGUUUAGAUACAAGCAGAAUCCGUCUUGUCGGAGGCUCCAGUAGGAAAGAAGGACGUAUAGAAGUCCGACCGGCCGACAGUAUGACUUGGGGCACAGUUUGUCACAACCAGUUUGACAUGAAGGAUGCAGACGUUGUUUGCAAAAUGCUUGGCUACCCCAGUGCCCAACUAGUUCGUAACUAUGCAUAUUUUGGCCCAGGAAGAGGGCCAAUCUACAUGGAUAACCUGCGCUGUAACGGGGACGAGAAUAGCCUGUUCAACUGCUCGUACCCAGGGUGGAUGAUAAACGAUCUAAACUGUAGCCACGACCAAGCUGCAGGCGUGGAGUGUACAGGAGAACCUUUCCUGCUGGUUGCUACCAAUGGUGGAAUAUUUCAAAUUGAAGUCAAGGACGGGUCAGAGGUCAAGAUGUCAUCUGGGCGGGUCUACUCAGUGGACUACGACCCUAAGACUGACUUCAUGUACUGGUACGGUUAUAGAGACAUCAAACGGGCUCGUCGUGAUGGAAGUGGGCAGGAGACCAUUGUUAGUGAUGUAGCACGCGCGAGGUGCCUAAGGUUGGACCAUGCCGGUGGGAAUGUGUACUGGAGCGACGAUGCCGGACACAUCUCAGUAGCCCGGAAGGACGGAUCGUUUGUCAGGACACUAACGAUCAGGACACUGACAUUACAAGGCUCCGCCGGGCAGCUGGUCCUGGAUCCCAGAAACGGGUAA